AUGCCUAGACAUGAACAACUUAGGACGGUGCAUAGCAGUAACGAAACAGCGUCGAUCAAGUCUAAUGGCUCGACGUCGUCGCUGUCACUACCUUUCUUUGGUAAAAAGCACGGUUUCGGACUAGGAAAGCUUUUCAAAGGAAAUAGUCACUCUUCUAAUAACGAAUCUGGCAAAGAAAUCCUGGGGGCUUUGCUAUCACCACGCCAUAGUAACUCCAGCUCAAAGUCCCAAAAUUCAAAUCACCGGUCGCGAUCGGCGGUUCCUUUGAUGGACCAUCCACACAUGAACAAUACACAGGCUAACCACCUGCACAAUCCUAAUAACUAUGUGCAUUUUGGUCCUGGCUCAAGUAACCUUCACUCGACACAUUCCUCCCAAACACAUAUUCUAAAGACAGUCCCUUCACCCAAUUCUCAUAUGCAUCCCUCGCAAUUAUUGCAGCGCGAAAUCGAGGAGAAACAGAAGAGGAGCUCACCGCCAAAACUAGCCUCCGAUAAACCCAAAAAAAAAGCACUUCAUCUGAAACGCUUUUUCAAGAAAAUACACGCCGAAGAUCAACACGGUCACCACCACGAUUCCCCCAGCCCUUCAGUUGCAGUCACAUCCGACAUAUCUCCUGAAAAUUCUAAGACACUGUACGAGACAGAUAAUGCGCGAGAGCUCAUUGACAAAUAUGGUAUACCGGGAAAGAUGAUCGGGGAGGGGGCGUCAGGUUCUGUAUCAGUUGUGGAAUCAACCGAUGGUAAAGUGUUUGCCGUAAAAAGGUUUAGAGCGAGAGGUUCUAAGGAAUCCCAGAUUGACUACUCUAAAAAAGUCACUUCUGAGUUCUGCAUCGGUUCUACUCUACAUCAUUGCAACAUCAUCGAUACACUGGAUAUGUUACAAGAGGGAACUAAUUUUUUGGUAGUAAUGGAAUACUGCCCAUAUGAUUUUUUCACUCUUGUUAUGAGCAACCUUAUGACCAAGUCAGAGAUCGCUUGUUAUUUUAGGCAGAUCUGCAAUGGCGUUUAUUAUUUGCAUGGCAUGGGUCUCGCACACAGAGAUCUCAAGCUAGAUAAUUGCGUUGUCACGAAUCAAGGAAUCCUGAAAUUGAUCGAUUUCGGCAGUGCCGUUGUCUAUCAGUACCCCUACGAAGAUGAUAUUAUAAGAGCAAGAGGUAUUGUUGGCUCAGAUCCAUAUCUUGCCCCAGAGCUAAUUACAUACCCAUCAUACGAUCCAAGACCCGUCGAUGUAUGGUCGAUUGCAAUAAUGUUUUACUGUAUGUCGCUGCGGAGGUUUCCAUGGAAAGCUCCAAGGGACAAGUAUCAAUCUUACAGACUUUUCUGCGAGGAACCCGAGGAUGAUAUGGACUUACAAAGGGGGCCUUACCGUAUCUUGAAACUGCUGCCUCGUCAUUCAAGAAGGGUCAUAUCAAAGAUGUUGCAGUUAGAUCCCAAGAAGAGAAUUUUAAUGGAUGGUGUUAUGGAAGACUCUUGGGUCGAUCAAAUUGAAUUCUGUGAAUUGGAUACUAAGGGACAGUUAAAAGAUGCUCCACAAUCUCAUAAGCAUCACUUAGUUACGGAAGAAGAAUUGAAUGAGUUGAACGAGAAACGGGCGGCACAGGCGAGACUUGCCAAAGUGCAGAGUGGCGAAAAUUCGUCCACGCUGCCAGAUAUAACCAAGAAGUUAGAGGAAACAAAAGUAGCUUGA